AAUGAUCGUAUGGUCAUACACUUUAAGCGUCAUAAAAAAAUGUAAUAUCUUGAAACAAAUAAGCAAUAUAAUAUGUGGUUAGUGGUGUAUAUCAUUCAUAUAGUUAAUUUAUUUUUUGUGUCUUGGAAACUACUCGUAAAAUUAAAAUAUUAUUGAAUGAAUUUAAAUCACAAAAUGUAGUUUAGGUUACAUUCAAUAACCAUAAUGUAUUGGAAUAAAUAUCUAUAAACAAGUUAAAAUAUUUUAUUGUGAUACCCUUAUAUUAUGCCCACCUUAUGUUACGUGACAAAGUCGUGUACCUCUUCGUUUAUUGUGAUAUAGAAAACCCUUGAAACGUCUAUUAUAAUAUAUUACCUAUGAUACGUAUUGGCUAUUUCUAAUAUUUUUAGCUUUUCUUAAAUCCAAUCAUGGGUCUUGGAUGUAUUCUCAUUAUAAUAUCAUCAUUGAAAAAACUAGGAAAACAAAUUAUCGUUUUUAAAAACAAGCAUAAAAUAUACUCCAUGGUUGGUUUAUUCUCGCUACAUAAUAUGUUGUUUAUAUGCUAAUUUCUUUUGUAAAGAAAUCAUGUAAAUAAAUAAAUUGUUUUGUAUAAUACGUUUUUUAAGAAUACACGCUUGACUGUUUCAAUAAAAACAGUGAGUUAUCAGAUAUUUAAAUAAUAUAACAUUGAAAUUGAACUAAAAUUAAUACGUAAUUAUAAUUGCAUUGCAAUCUAUUAUUGAUGCCAUAUCGCAUCAUAUUUAGUGCCUUUCGUCAACACAGGGGUUAUUUGAUACAAUUUAUUAAGGGUAUUAAGAUCUCUCCCUGAGUAUUAACCACUGUAGGUAUACAUAUAUUUUAUACAUUACCUAUAUAUUAUUACAUUGUUAAUUAUGAUAUACGCAUGUCAUAAUUUUGCUGACCGAAUGUUUAUUGUAAACAAGUAAUAUCAUUACCACAUAUUAUUGAAUAGUAUAAUGAUAUAUAUAAUAUAUUUAGUAUGUUAUACGUAUUUUAAUCCACGUAAUCUACGGAAGUACUGUAUAGUCACUCAAUUUUCUAUCAGCGAUAUUAAAUUUGGAUACAUUUUGGGAUGAAAUGUCUUGUGCAGAAUGUAAUAGUAGAUUAUUUUAAACAAUAUAAUAUGUCCAAGCAUAAUGUUUGCUUCUAGGUACUAAUUUUUGUCACAUAAAAAUAGAUAAAACAAAAUCAUUAUAAAUAAAUACGAAAGUUGAAAUUUUAAAAUAAAUAUAUUUAAUAAAAAAUAUUACAUAUUUAUAAGAACUUUUUUGCCCGUACACACCUACUACCUACUGUAAUAUUAUAGUUUUUAAUUUCUCAACACUGUCCAAUUCCCCUUGGCCUAGCAGGGUGACAUACUGAUAUUUAAGUACAUUAUAAUUUACCAGUGGUGGUAGUUUAUAGCGUGAUCUUAAAACAAGACUAGAUGAUAUACUAGGUUCCCCGGCAAAGCUCCCUAUACCAUCGUUGUAAAUCUAUAGCGAAUGUCAAGGAAGCUUGCGGCGGAACUGCAAUAGGUCGCGAUUCGAGGACAUUUCCUUCCCUGCGAAGCAAAAUCAUUUACACCUGAGGUAUUCGUAAAAAAAAUUCGAAAAAUGCGUGUCCUCGGCUCGGCGCCCUUUGCGAGAUGUUAUGAAUACCGCGCGGUUGCGGCACCCGAGACGCGACGUAUAUACUGCAUAUAGGGUCAUAUUAUGAUCUCAAACCAUUUGCACACACACACACACACACACACACACACACACACACACGGUUUACUUAACAUUUCGGGACCAGAGUAAUUCCGGAAUAACACUAUGGGAGCGGAGAAUAUAUAUGAACGGUUCCGGGGACACACGGGGCGGACAACUAUGCGGCGGACUCGGCGGUGGUAUUGAUUUCAAAACGGCUACGCGCGCGUGGCCGAGCAGCAGCCCGGGUGGAGACGCGCUCUCCUCUCACAUGCGAUUGUCAAAAGUCGCGAGCCCACGCGCACUUGCCACCAGCUUGCGCCGCGCUACUAUGUAUACCAAGUAUAUUACUAUUUUAUUAUUAUUUAUUGUGUAUUACGCGUGUAUAUACACACACGCGGUACACCCCGAGAUUACGUCGUAAUCAACAAUUGUCUGCUGAGUUUCUAGAAAUGUUAUACUAUUAUGCACUUUUUUUUUUUUUUUUAAAAAUUUUAAUCAAACUAUGUCGCGUCGAUUGAACUAUGUGUUGAACUGCCCUCGAGUGCAGUAAUAUAAUAUUGUACACGAGUACUAUUAUACGCAUAAAAAUAUAUAGUUGGUUUUAUUUUAUUUUAUUAUACCUAUACGUUAUUUUUUUUUUUAUUUUUUUUCAUUUGGUCUUUGAUGUCGAUCCAACGAUUAUAUACGCUUUGUGAAAUUUCAAGUGAAGAUCCAUAUCACAAUAUAUUAUCAUAUAUUAUUAUAUAUAUAUGUAAACCUAUUACGAUACACGCGCUAUUUUUACGGCCAUAAUAGUUUCAAGUAUAACAUAAGAAAAUAACAACUAACAAUUUUCAAGGAGUGUUCUACAACUCUCUUUUCUCUUGUCGAUAAAAAUAUUUUUAAAUCGUUUGGCAAAGUGAACAAGCAACAUACAUACAACAUUUUAAUGUAUAUCUAUAUAGUAGUACCUAUAUAUUAUUAUCUUGUGUAAGUACAUAUUUAUUGUUUAGAUUCUAUUUUUUUCUUUUUAAUAUUUUCUUUUAAUAAAUAAAUAACUCUACGAGUCUUAUUGCAUUAAAUUAUAUAAUACUAUUUAUCCAUAGAUACUUCAAUCAAGAUCUAUAAUAUUAUUAUCAAAUUAUAUUAAUAUCUUGCAGAACGAAGACGUAUUUGUAAGCAUUGUCAGAAUUAUUGACAUGAUUUUCUUACGUGAAAAUAUUUAAUUAAAUGUUUAAAUAAAAACACAGGUUAUUAAUUAAAAGUGUCAUUACAUUUUUUUGUUUUACAUAUAACUUUUUUUUAUUUACAAUAUAUACUAAGUAUUACGAUAACUCAAUUUGGUAAGAAAAAAUAAUGACAUGAGGUCAUAGAUAAUAUUCAUUGAUAUUACUCUACGAAUAUAUAUAUAGGUAAGUAAUAAUAACGACGAUUAUGGUACCUUAAUUUGUGUUAUUCGUUUUAUAAAACCAACAUUGUAGAUUUCAAACACGAUUUUGUAGAUAAAAAGAUUAUGAUGCUACAGUAUUUAGAUCUAAGGCAAUUAUACCAGUAUCAUCAGCAAACGAGCCAAAAACUAUGACAUCUUUAUAAUAUGGGUUAUCUAAAGUGAAAUGUUGUAGAUAGUGGAUAUAAGGAUAUUUUCUCUAGGAACUCCAGUAUUAAUAGGAUGAUAUUCAGAACAGCCAUAUCCACGGGAGACUUUAGGAGGUCAAUUGUUCAGGAAAGAUUAAAUGAUUAGAUGUUCAAUAAUUAGUGAAAUCUGAGUUUGUAUAGUAAACCAGUGGUCCAGACACAAUGAAAUGCCUGAGCCACAUCUAAUUAGUAGUAGUGUUUUUUCCAUGGAUGAUGCUAUAACAUCGACAAGUCGUUAUUUGGAGUAUGGUCGAGUGUUUAUAUUUUAAACCAAAUGGCGUGUUGGAAAUAAUAUUAUUUUAUAAUGGAAUAAGUUAGGUAGAUCCUUUUUAGAAUGAUUUAUUCAAUAUUUUUUAUAACGUUUGGAGGAAGAUUAUGGGGUGAUAUAAUGUAUGAAAUGUUUGUCUGAUUUUAAAAUAUUGGUAUAUGUUUAGGUUCCUUCCAGAAUGAUGGGAAAUACGAGAGUCUCAGAGUAGACUAGGUAAAUGUAUGUUAAACAUAGGUAAUAUUGCUUUAUUGGUAGGUUUAUUAAGAUAAGAUUGAUUAUUAUCUUAUGUCUGGGUGAUUAUUAUUAGGUAAUUGUUUAAUUAUAAUUGUUAUAUGCUUAGUUGGAAAGGAUAUCGGAAGAGGUUGGUUUAUUAAGUUUCCUAUUGUACAGGAAUGUUCAUUUUCGUUUGUCAGUCUGCGCUUGAAAGUAUUUUCUAGAUACUUAUAAGAUUAUUAUUUUUGUUAGUGGAUAUAGCAAGAGAUUUCUGUAUUCUUUAAUGGGACAUAUUUUUACGAUGGUUUAAAAUUGUUUUUAUACUUAUCCAGAUUGAUUUUUUAUUAUUUGAGCCUUUAAAAGGUGGGUACUCUAUAAUAUAAGAUUGAUAUUUAUCUGAGUUAUGUUUUUUUUUAAAUACGUUUAAAAGUAUUAGAUAAUUUAUUAAAUAUGUUUUGUCACUUGGCAUUCUCGUACUUUGCCAACCAUUUCGGGAUUGUAGUUGUUUUAGAGGAGUUAUUUUUUAUGAAGAGGAAGUUUUGUUUAUAUGAUUUAGUAGCUAUGGAUUUUUGAGAUGACUUAAUUCAGUAUUUGAAUUACUUUUUAAAUGCAUAUAUUUCUUUGACAAUUGUUCUAUGUUAAAUGUUAGUUUUGUUGAUAGAUUUAUUUAUCUAUUUAAUUAAAUCCAGUUUGUGAGGCCUGGUGCUAUAUUUUUUAUAUUUUUUUCGCUAACAUAGGAUAUCAGUUUAUUGUUGACAUUAAAAGAUAAUGGUCAGAUGGAAGAAACAUUUGAGUUUUAAAUUUGUUGUUGGAUAUGGUUAGGUAUGUUCAAAAUAAAAACUUCAAGUACAUCUGGAUUUUUGGAUCAAUUUUGCCAAUGAGUAGGGGAUGUAAUGGAGAUCCAUUAGGUACAUUUAUCUAUCGAUAAUUAUUUUAUGUAAUAUUCUGGCUCUCGAACUAGUUGUAAAUGAUCCCCAAAAAGGAUGUUUAACAUUGAAGUUAACCCCCAUUAUGUAUGAAUGUAUUAGUAAACGAAUGGAUUAAUAACGGAAACUCCUGGUAGGUUAAUUUCUUAUUAGGUAGGUAGUGUAAGUAACCUGAAGUGUACAGUAUUACAUAUUGUAAUGGAGAUAGAAAUAUUCUUAAAUGUAGACAAAUUGAUAUGGUGGAAGAAAAUAGUGAAUGAUAUUUGUUUUUAUUAGUAUGGUUGAACCUGCAUAAGCUAUCUAAUCCAGAUGGUUAGAUACGUGUGUUGUACAAUCAGGAAUAACGAAAGUGUUGUUAUUAAUUAGGUCUUAGUUGUUUUUAAGUUAUGAGUUAUGUAGUUAUAUUUUUUUGAUUUUUCCUUUAGUGUUAUUUUUAGUUCAUUUUUAUGUUGGAUAAUUAAAUUUGCAUUUCAGAGAAGUAUAUAAAGUGGAUGGGAAAGAUUGUAUACAUUACAAGUCACUUUUUAUAUUUAUUAUAAGUAUAUAAUACAUAUAUUGAAAAUCACUAGGUACAUCAAUUUCACUCAAAAUCUAAAAGUAAAUUGUUUAUAAUUUAUAUUAAGAAUUCUAAUAAGGUAACAUGGGUACGUAUAUUUUUUGUAGCUUACCUACAUAAAAAAUGAGUAGUAAUAAAACUAAUUGCAUACAUCUAUAAACUCUAAACUAGUUAUUUACUACUAAAUAACAAAGUGUCUAUAAUUAUCAUAUAUUGUUUGUUAAGGUUUAUUAAAAGGUUCUGGUAAUCACUACAUAAACUAUGAAGUAUAAAGUAUAUUGUAUAAUAUACUAUCCUUAUUAGUUAUUAGUUUUCAACUAUAAGCCAAUAAGUAUAUAAAUAAAUUAUAUGUAUAUUUAAUGACCAACAAAUAUUGUUGUAUUGAAAUUAAAUUUGACACAAAAACUCGCUGAAUAAAAUAUUUUAUUUAUUUUAAUUAUUAAUCAAUACAAGUAUUGAAAUGUUAGUUUUGAAUUUUGAGUGUAUAUAACAAUAUGUUACCUACCUAUAAAAAAUAAAUUAUAAUAAAGUUUAUUGAGAUUCUAAAAUAAAUAAAUAAUCAAUGUACGUAUCCAUGAUAGAUGAUAGUAAUUAUCAAUUAUAAUUUACAAUAUAAUUUAAUUUACUGUCAAUCGUGUUAAAUAAUUUUGAACAUAAAAAUGUAUUACGGGCCUUUUAUUAGUGAAAUAAAUAACCUUUUUCGUCUAAGAAAUUAAAAAGACUGAACGCCAAAUAAAACCAAGUAUUAAUGUAAUGCAAUACCUAAUGAUACAUUUAAAGGUAGGUGAUUUAUUAUUUUCCAAGUCUUAACAAACCCCAUAAUCACACAACCAUUUAUUAAAUUAAAUUUGUUUAAAUACAAUUUUCAACUGGAUGCAAAAUAUUAUGUACUACCUAUUCGCAUUUUCAGACUCGAUAAAAUAUUUUAAAUGACUUAAUAACAGCAGCUAUAGUAUGCAUUUUGUACAUUUUGACAUAUUGUUAUAACUUAUAAAUUACGGUUUGUCAUCUAUAAAUCAUUUUUUUUUUUUGUUUAAUGAUUAUCUGGUUAUCGGCAGGUACCUAGUCGUCUUUACACACGGAAUUCCAUAGUUGUGCCGUGUUCUCGCUCACAAUACCGACGUCCCAUAAUUUAUUUCUGCAAUCUGUCCGUCCAACCUUCGCCCCUUCGCCCGUCCGCCCGUCUGUGCGUCUAUCUCUGCGCGUCAAUGGCUACAAAAGACGUCUAACAUGCACUCUAUACAUGUAUAUUAUAUAGGUGUAUAUCAUUAUACGUGAUGGUCUGGCGACUUUUCGGUUCGCAACUGCUCGAAAGCAGGUAAAGUGAGGCAGCGCACGCGGUUAGGGACUGAUAGUGUGUAAAGGAACAGACGACGGAGGAAGAGGUUAGGCUGAGUGCGGUGGUAGAGGCGGCGGCGGCGGCGGGCGGUUCCCUGGCAAAGUACGCGUUCAGAGCAACGCCGCCGACGACGACUACUACUACGGCGGCGGCGGCGGCGGACGAUCGAUCGAACUGCUUUGACCCGGGUGUGACUGCCGUUGCCGGCGUUUUCGCAAGGAUAUUAUUUUAUGCAUGCGAACGCCCUUUACUUUCAGUUAUCAUCUUUUCCAAAUUACCUCGUCUCACCGUCACCCUUUAACGCAUACCCAAAACCCGUUCAGAACAAUUAUUUUUUUAAUACUUAAUGACUAUGACGACGUGUCAUUAUAAGUACCUAUCCUCGCGUGCUCGUCGCACGACGACAAAAACAACAACAAUGACGACGACGACGACGACGACGACGACGCAGCUCGGUAUUUUUGAGUGCGUGUCCGGCGAAUCGGACGAGGUCUCAGUUUCCUUUGGGGAAUGUCACUAAUAAUUUUCGGACGUCCACAUGCUAUAUACGUAGCGCGUAUAGUACCAAUAUUUGGUAUUUAAAUAUAGCGAACGCAAAUAAAAUGAACACGAAAUGGUUUUCGUACCGGUUUUAUCCUCAUUCGAUAUUAUGUAGGACAGCUAGCGGCUCUUAAACUGUGGUCCGUGGCCCCCUGGGAGUCCGUGACACUCAUGGGGUGGUCCACGGCAUUAUCAAGUAAAGCUUUGAAAGUUUUAAUUCCAUUCCCCGCAACUUAUUUAUCCGAAAAAGCCUUCUCCCGGCCAGUUGUUUAUAUUAAAAACAAGUUUCGAAACCGCACAGAAAACAUAAAAUCUGAACUACGAUUAAAUCUUUCGAGUAUUGAGCACACGAUACUCGAAUUCCUAUGUUUGGAAUGCAACACCAUCCCUUGUCAUUAAGUAAUACAAAUAAAAUAUGUGAGAUAUUUAAUUCCUUUGUAAAAUUAAUUAUAUCAAAAAUAAUAAUGAAACAUAUAAUACGAUUUUGUGUACCUCCUUAAUAAGUAUUGAUUUGUAAUAUUGGCUGUGAUAACAAGAUUUACUGUGAACAAUUUUGUAAAAAAAAAAAAAUGUUAUUCAAAAGAAAAUUGAGAAGGGAUCUGCGUACUUUGAACAUUUAAGAACCGCUGGAUGACAUAGUUUUUCCACUUAAAAAAUAAUAUUGUUACAAAAAUAUUUUCAUAGUUUUUGGAAACCUAGAUACGUAACGUCGGAUAAAGUCACCCAUAUCAUUGGUUAGUUAUAUUAUCAAUAGACAACAAUAUCACAUUUUAGUAUAAUAUUAUAUUAUAAUAUUAGUGUUAUACCUAGUUUGAAAGUAUUGCUAAACUAAUAAUAUAUUCAUAAAAAAUGUAUCUUCUGGUACUAUAGUAUAUUACCUACAUUUUCCCCAAAUCGUGUUGUGUACCUUAUUUGAAUGUUUCGUUUUUAAAUUAUGCGUGUGAAUAAAAACGUAUGAUUCGUAUCCAAAUUCAUAAUUCAUGUAGGUAAUGUAUGCAUGUACACAUAAUUAGUAGUUAUUGGGAGAAUGGAAAUUACAGUAAAUAUAUUAUGUCGUGCGUGUGAAAAUUGUCAAGCAUGAUUAAUAGAUGUUUGCUUACAUUGACGGGCGCAAAUAUUUAACAAAAAAAAGAUAAAAAGAUUUAAAGGAAUUGUGUAAACAAAUAGCGUCGUCAGCAUAAAAUUUUUAAAUUAAAAAAAAAAUAUCAUUUAAUCUUUUAAACAUUUUCUCUGAUAUUGAUUUUUUAUAUGUAUAUUUAAACAACAGAAAAAACGUGACGACUGUUGAAACAGACAGUUAUCUCUCUAGGUAUAUGUAUAAUGUGUAUAUGUUUUUUCGUUUUAUAAAUAAUAUCACUCGACAAAGGUAAAAUAAUGAAAUAUUCAUUAUGUCGGUAAUUGAUUUAAUUAACAAAUAUACGUUUAAUUUUCGUAUUUUUUUUUUUUAUUUUAAAUGCAUUUUUUACUGUCGAUUAAUUACCGUUAUAAUAACUAUUAAUUUAUUAAAAUUUACUAUAUGGAAACGUGCAGAUAGUAAAUAAUACAUUCAUACAUAUAUCAUAAACUUAAUUUACUUCGUAAAAUAUCAUAAAUUGAAUUAUUUCAACACUACACUAUACAAAACAUUUCCGUGACGAAUAAUUUAUACUAUAGUUAUUUUUGGACUUUUCCCAUAGCAAUUUCCGGCACGAUAGUCGAUAGACCUACUCGUUGUUAUAGUAUUGUUACUACAGUGAUCACUAAAUUGUUAAGCGCUAUGUUAUUUAAGACCUAAAACAGCUCAAAAUCGAAAUUUUAUUCGUGAAAAUUACUUUUCCCCCAAUUGAAUUGAAAAUAUAGUUAACAAAUCGUGUACGGAUUUUUCAAAAAUAAAAACUUCAAUAGUGAACGAUCAUGGCCGCGUACGCGUUGACCGCCUUGAACGAGAUCGACGUCACCCUGCACGACACCACCAAGCCAUGGUACAGUCUGUUCGCCUGGGCCGAAGAACGGAGCGGCAUCAGCCGUUUGAAACUGUUCUUCGGAGUCGUUUGCGCCACGUGCAUGUUCCUGAUCCCGGGCAGCAUGUGCGCGAUGCUGGUGAGUGACGUGCUAGGAUUCGCGUAUCCCGCUUACGCGACCACCGUGCUGAUGAUGGAUUCUGUCGGACAGUUGCCGUCCGGUGUGGCCAGCUCUCCGACAAACGGUUCCGCGUCCGUGUCGCCGGCCAACAGAUGGUUCACGUAUUGGUUGCUGUUGGCGGCCACGUUGACGGUGCAGCAGCUGUGCGGGGGCCUACUGCGGUUGGUGCCGUUCUAUUGCCUGAUGAAGACCGCGUUUUUUGCGUGGUGUGCCGCACCGAUUGAGGCCAACGGUGCCGCGUACGUGUAUGUCGUCGUCGUGCGCCGAUUUUUCAACCAAGGGCGUUGACCAGCCGCACGAACAGGACAAGUCCGAUUUUUGACAUUUUUUUUGUACGUUUUUCAGUUGAUAAAAAUAAAGCCAAACUAAAUUUUAAUUUAAAUUUUACUGUUUAUUAUACCUAGUCAAAUGUUAUUUAGUUUAACACCACUGUUGAAGACAAAAACACAAUAUCAUUUUGAGCGGACGCCACACCCAUAUAUUUGUUGUCUCUGUUUUACAAGUGUGUAACUUUUGCGUUCACGUUUAGCUUCUUUAGUAAUAUUAGAGGCAAAAGUGUUUGUAGGUACGUCGCUUUUUUACCAUACUUUAAUUGUUAAUCAAUUUACGAAUACCAUGUGAAAUAUUGCAAUUUAAAAAUGCUCAAAACUCACUUAAAACCUAUCGUUAAAAGGCCACGUACAAACAUAGAUAUAAGAUAAUAAUCUUUAAAUUUGUAAAUAGUUAAUUCACACUAAAAUUAAAACUGACAAAGCUAAACGUUUACUGCUGUAUUAAAAUGUGCUAUGGUACACACUUGUUAAGCUGACGACAACCAAUGUGGAUGUGACCGUCCUGUUAAGAUGAUAUUAUAUAUUAUUAUUGACUAGGUAUUGAUGUUAAAAUAAAUAAAGUUUGACCAUGAAAAAAAAACUAGUAAGUGAUUCAUUUUGUUUGGUUAUUUUUUUUAUUUACUAAUAAUUGUAUUUUAAAUAUUAUUAUCAUAAUAUGUAUAUUCAAUAGGCAUCGACUAUUUCUAUGAAUGUGUCUAUUCUGACAGAGUGUUUUGGCCAACACUGGGCGCCGCGACGAUGCGCCUGCAGAACUGGAUUAGAAUAUAAAUUGGACAACCGCCGCACCUAAACACCGGAAUCGGACGGACUUACGGUCGUCGUCACUAUACCACAGCACCGGAACUUGGCGCGAUCACUGCCAUUGGGUUCGCACAAUUGCACAGUUAUAGCCUCGGCCACCAAACUUGAACUGAUUAUUUUUGGCAUAUUAUGUUAUGCAUAGAACUCCGCUGCAGCAGUGGGCGGUCUUGCGCUUAUAACCAGCGAAGAAUUUUCAAUGUCACAACUUAUAACUUAUCAAACAUUUUCGUGGGUUGUGGGUGUAAAACCAAAGACACAAAUAAAGAGGCUUUAAGGUACAGGCAUUCCAACAAUUGUAAUAGGUAUUAUAACCACGGACAACGAUGUACGUUGAGUAUGUUUAGGCAUCUUAGACCGUGCUUAUGCAUUACUAUAAUAAUAUCACCACAAUACCACUUAUACUAUAAAUUAGACAAUACGUAUCAGAAACUAUGUGUCUUCAUUUUCUUGUUGACUUCUGAAAUAUGGAAUUAUAAAAUAUGAAGUGUUUUACCAAUUUGUUUUAUUAAUACCCAGUGAAUAAAUACAAAUAUUUUUACAAAUAUUAUUAUCGUAGAUAUAUAUGAUACCUGUAUUUUGUUUAAUAAAUAUUAUACAACAUUUUAAAAACAAUAUGUAUACAUUUUAAAAAUAGUUUCAAUAUUUUAUUUAACCAGUGAAUUUUUUAAUUAGUGGAUAAAAUAUCCAUUGACAUUUGAAUAGAAAUGGAAUUUAUUUAUCGUAUACAUUUAAAAGAGUGCAUAAUAAUGUGGUCAUAACGUCUAGAAACCAUACUUAAAUAGUUGAAAGUGUUGAAACUUGUAUCCAUGGUGUUAAUAACGAAUAUAAAACAAAAAAAUGACCGAUACAUGUAAAAUCAGUGCAUUCCUAAUUUUAACCGACAGGUUACUUUAAUCCUCCUCGGAGGCGUCAUAAAAGAUUUUCGUAAAUUUAUACAGUUUUCCCCAAAGUCAUUUUUCCGCCCAGGCUAUCAAGGUCGUUCUCUAGGUACAUUCAUGGUAUAUUUACUCAUUUAUGUACUCUUAAUAAUACAAUUUGCCAUUUGGGAGCUUAAUUAAAAUAAUGACAGUCUAGGGAUAACCUGAUAUUUUUAAAACAAUUUAUCACUUCAUGCUCAGACACUAAUAUGUCAUUAUUGUGCUUAUAAAAAAUACUCAUUACCUAACGCAUGAUUUUAAUUACUUUUAUAAGUUGUGAAUUUAACAUGUUGCUAUUAAUUAUUAACAAUUGACCGAUACCUUUCACGUAAUAUUAAAACUACUAAUAACUAGUAGAUAAGUACUUAACACAAGAAUACGACUAUAACAAUAGUCUCAUAAUCAUUGAUGUAAAUUGAAAAUCUCCAACUAAUGGUUUCAAUAAAUUUAUAGGUAGUCUGGUAGUAAGUAGUUAAGUUGUUAAGUAUGUACACGAAUAGUUCCAAACUAAAGGAUAUAAUGACCAUAAUGUAUAGAUGUAUGAUGAACCAAUAUAUUGUUAUUAAUUUUCAAUUGAAGAUACUUAAAAUAAUGGUACGUACACACGUAAACGUAAUAAUUUAUUAAUUAAUAGUAUUUACCCUGAUAGAAAUAAUAUAAAAAUACAAAAGAAUAAUAAUAUAUUAUGUGUAAUAAAAUAUUAUUUUUUUUCUUACAAAAAACUAAAAAGUAAAAGUGAAUGAAUCGAAACUACAUUAAAAGUCUAAAAUAUAAUCUUUAUAACUAAAUCUCUUCUUUUUUUUUUUUUAUCGUUUAUUUAAAUAUACACAAUCUGUAAAUGUUGUUUUACAAUAAGUGCAUGUGAUGGAGGUGAUAUGGCUUGAGUGGCUGGAGAUAAGAAGCCGCCCAUUGGAGGCACUUAAGGUUAGGAAUAAUUAAAUCUAGUUUAAAAAAUGUUUACAACUUUACGUUCGAAUUGUAUGUUAAAAGCAUUAAAGUAUGUGGUAGCGUUAAAUAUUAAAUUAAAUCUGAGUAGAUCUCAAUUUCUCAUCGUAACUAAUGUAUAACCCAUAAUAUAAUUUCAUAAAUUCUUUCAUAAUGUUGAUAAAAAAAUUAUAACAGGAUGUCCCACGUGAAGAUAUAUCAUUUGCAUGUGAUAAGAAUAACAUCAGUUUCAUAGACAUACAUAUUAUAUAAAUUAGUAAGUCAUAUUGGGAACCCGGUUUUUUUUUAAAUAUAGGUAAUUAUUUACAUAUUUUUGUUAAUUGUUUCACACUCAUUAAGGAGACGUAUUUUGUUUCAAACAUAAUAUUCAUUCUUUAUAUAACAUUCUUUUUUGUUUACAGUUUUAAUUUCUUCUGAAAUAUUUCCGGAUAUUUGAUUUAUAUAAAAGUCUUGAUAUUUAAUCACAAAAAAUAGAGUAAAUGUUAAUUUAAACUUAAAAUAAUUAAAUAUAUUUUUAAUAUUAGAUGCUUUGGUACUUGUAUCAAUGUAUAAUUGUGUAUAAUAAUAUAUCCUAGCUUUAAAUUUAACACAUUAACAAUUUAAAUAAC